ACCAAAAUAUCGCCCUCCCCCGGACCCCCACUCUGUCGAGUCUUCAAGCUUUCACAGGCGAAGAAGAUAAAGGAUCUGUUGUUGGUCUGUGAUUUCAUUAGGCUUUGCAAGAUGGAGAGCAUGAAUAGCUUUUGGCAAUUGGGUGAUGAACUCAGAGGACAAUCAAAGGUCUCUGAGGAUCACAAGUGGCUGAUGGUUGCUUCUAAAUUGGCUGAGCAGACAAGGUCAAAGGGGGAACGGUUCAAUAACCUUGAUCUAUCCAAAGGUCCAUCUGAAAUAAGGCCAAGGGAUAGAAAUGUGUUUCAGGAAGAUAAUAAAUUUGAAAACCUUAACUUCAACAUGUUGAACUUGGAGCCCAAAGUGACUGACAACAUGGGCAAAAGUAAUUUCAGGAAUGGUCUUUACAACAUGAAUGCAGCAUACCCGAAAAGUAAUGCCAAUGUUAUGGGAAAUGUGAAUGUUAACAAGCAUAAUGGCAAUCACAACAACAAAGAGCUAAGCAGCAAUAGCAAUAACAGUAAUACCAAUAAUGAGAACACCGGUGGCAACAGUGCAAUGGACAAAAGGUUCAAGACCUUGCCUGCUUCAGAGACACUCCCUCGAAAUGAGGUUCUUGGAGGGUACAUCUUUGUGUGUAACAAUGAUACCAUGCAGGAAGAUUUGAAGCGACAACUAUUUGGUCUACCUCCAAGAUAUAGAGACUCUGUUCGGGCUAUAACACCAGGCUUACCUUUGUUUCUCUAUAACUACACUACUCACCAAUUGCAUGGUAUUUUUGAGGCAGCUAGUUUUGGGGGCUCUAACAUUGAUCCAACCGCAUGGGAAGACAAAAAAUGCAAAGGCGAAUCGAGGUUUCCUGCUCAGGUAAGGAUCCGUGUUAGGAACCUAUGCAAGGCAUUGGAGGAAGAUGCUUUUAGGCCUGUCCUGCAUCACUAUGAUGGACCUAAGUUCCGCCUUGAGCUUUCAGUUCCAGAGACCCUGGACUUGUUAGACCUAUGUGAACAAGCAGGCCGCCAAUAGAAUGGCUCUCCAGUAUAAACAAAUGUUGGAUGUAAUAUGCAAAUGUAGUAGGUUCUGUGGUGUGUGUGUCAGCUGUGUGCUUCUCACAGAUUUUCCGUAGAGCGUAAGCUUGGAAGGCAAGUCCAGACUGAGUGUGAUACUGGAUUUGCCUCGAGGAAAAUAGGAAAAAGUUGUGUGAGCUAGCUGAAUAAGCAUGUUAAUGUAUUAUGAAGAUAUUUCCUAAGUUGCUACAUGUUGUAGUCUUUUCAAAAAAUACCUUGAAUAUGGAAAAGAGAACAACAGCUACAUGUAAUGUUAAAAGAGUCCUGAAAAUUUGUGGGGCUUGAUGUGUUCCUAUUGUGCAUUAGACUUGAGUAAUCAGCCAGUGUCAUUGUGUGUUGUUUUGAUCUACGGCUGUAAUCCCCUUGUUUUAGUCUGAACUUGAUCGCUGGUUUGGAAG